CGGGGGCCGGGCAAAUGCGGUGGCUGUCGGUGCCAGCGUGGGUCGCGGUAUCUCCUGCGCUUCGGCUGUCGGGCUCUCGCCCUCUGUCCUCCUCAGCGCCGGCCCCUUCUUCCUUCCGCAGGCGGUUUGAAAUUUACCGCAGUCUCUCACUCGAGUUCUCGAUGUGGCCGUAAGCGCCUGGCGCUAAGGGGAGGAGGCAAGAGUGCGGGGCGGGGAAGAGGAAAGCGGCCUGGAGCGGAGCGGCUUGUCUGCCUGCAGCUCCGGUUCUCCCAGCCCCUCUCGGGGAACGGUUGGUAGGGGACGGUGGAGAGGGUUAAGUGAGGUAGCAGUUCCCUUGUCGCGGCCCGUGGGCGGUCCGUGUGCGGACUGUGGUUGCCCUGGGGCGGCUUUUGCCACUGUUCCCCUAUCUCUGGGCGUAGGGAGUGAGGGAAGGAAGGAGCCUGAAGUGAUUCCGGGAUCCACGGGCUCCUCACGCCCCUGGAAACGGUGGAGGGAAGAGUGAAACAAUUGCCCCCUCCCUCCUGAGGCGUCCCGGUUCUGCGGCAGGCUGGCCCGCAGAUUCAGAGAAUAAAAAUGGGAACUCCUGGAUCAGGACGGAAGAGAACUCCAGUGAAAGACAGAUUUUCUGCAGAAGAUGAAGCACUAAGCAGCAUUGCCAGAGAGGCAGAAGCCAGACUUGCAGCAAAACGGGCGGCUCGAGCAGAAGCAAGAGAUAUACGUAUGAGAGAGCUGGAGCGACAGCAAAAAGAGCUGGAAGAAAAGAGUGAAAAAUCACAUUCAGAAAUAUUUUCAAGGCCCUCAUCUCGCAAUUCAGUAAGUGCAGCUCCUCAGAGUGGCAACUCAUCCAGGAGAGGAAGUGGAGAUGCAAGUAGUUUGGUGGAUCCUGAUGCCUCCCUCAGUGAAUUACGGGAUAUCUAUGAUCUUAAGGACCAGAUACAUGAUGUAGAAGGGAGAUACAUGCAGGGACUUAAAGAAUUAAAGGAUUCGCUAGCUGAAGUUGAAGAGAAGUAUAAGAAAGCUAUGGUUUCCAAUGCUCAACUAGACAACGAGAAAAACAAUUUGAUUUACCAAGUGGAUACUUUAAAGGAUGUUAUUGAGGAGAAAGAAGAACAGAUAGCGGAGUUCUAUAGGGAGAAUGAAGAGAAGACAAAGGAAUUGGAAAGACAGAAACACAACUGCAGUGUUCUGCAGCAUAAGCUGGAUGAACUUAAAGAGGGCCUUCGGCAGAGAGAUGAAUUGAUAGAGGCGAAUCAACGUAUGCAGGAGAAUAUAGACUCCAUAACCAAGGAAGUGUUUGAUCUCCAGGAGACAAUUAAUUGGAAAGAUAAAAAAAUAGGGGCCCUAGAAAGACAGAAAGAUUACUUUGACUGCAUUAAGAAUGAGCGAGAUGAGCUCAGAGAGGAGUUGGCUGACCUGAAGGAAACAAUGAAGAGAGGACAGAAACAUGGAUUAGUUAUAAUUCCAGAUGGCACACCAAAUGGUGAUCUAAACCAUGAAUCAGUGGUUGGUGCAAUAACAGUUGUGUCCCAGGAAGCUGCUCAGGUCUUGGAAUCUGCAGGAGAAGGACCACUAGAUAUCAGGCUACGAAAACUGGCUGGAGAAAAGGAGGAAUUACUCUCCCAGGUUAGAAAACUGAAGAUGCAGUUAGAAGAGGAACGACAGAAAUACUCUAAAAGUGAUAGCAUGAAUCCAGAUACAAUAGACUUGGAGAAUGGCUCUGACUUGCAGCUAAUUGAAAUGCAAAGAGAUGCCAACAGACAAAUUAGUGAAUACAAAUUUAAGCUUUCAAAAGCUGAACAAGAUAUAACUACUUUGGAACAAAAUAUUGGACGACUUGAGGGACAGGUUGCAAGGUAUAAAAGUGCAGCAGAAAAUGCAGAAAAAGUAGAAGAUGAACUCAAAGCUGAAAAAAGGAAGCUUCAGCGAGAGUUAAGAACAGCACUGGAUAAGAUAGAAGAAAUGGAGAUGACCAAUAGCCAUUUAAUGAAAAGGCUGGAGAAGAUGAAGGCAAAUAGGACUGCGCUUUUAUCUCAACAGUGAAAUGGAAAUUGAAAAUACAAUGCACUGCUCCUUGAAUAACUAGUCCCUAGCUUGUUUAUAAAUACAGACUUUCAGUGGCACAAACUAUUUGAACACUGAGCUGUUCACUGGUGGUUUAGUUUCAUAAUUAAAUGACAUACUUUUUGUAAUUUAUGAGAGAAUGAAAUGUAGUUUGAAUUCCCAUGUGAAUGACAGCAGUUUUUCAGUAGUGUUUGAUUCUAGAGUCAAAGACGGAGCACAAUGCUGUAUGUUUUUACAACUGUGGAAUCAAGUUUACUCAUGAUCUCUUUUGGCUGCUUUAAUGAUGCUUGAUGCUCAGAGACAGCUGCAUGAAUUCAAGACACUGUUAUGAAACUAACAUAUACUUGCCUAAGACAUCACACAGCACAAGUGCCUUUUAUCUGGUGCAAUUUAGUCUUCAUUGUUGAAAUAACCUUUGAAACCAGAAAGCAUUUUAUUUUAAGAUACAUUUGGGGUAUUCCCUGAACUUUAUACAUUUUGAAAAUACAUUUUUUAAAAUAUUUAAAUUUAUAAGAAAAAAUAGGGACUGUAUAUAAAGAUCGGCUUCUUUUGCAUGGGCACAUCUGACUUCUCUGUAAUUUUGUCAAAUACUAGCCCCUGAUACUCUUAGCAUUAAGAGCAGAAAUUUAAAAACUGAAGUUGUACGCCAUCAGAUUGUGUCAUCUGCUUAAGUACGAAUUGAAAUUUUACAGGGGAAGAAGGGGGUGAGAAAUAUGGCUAAGGAGUUUAUUAAACGGACACUUUACUGACCAAAA